GAAGGAGACCCAGACAGAUAGUCUUCCUCAGGGUCACACAAUCUUAAGUGAAGAAUCAGGAUGCAAAGGGAUUUAGGAGGGAAUACGCCUGGCCCUCAAGCUGCCCCUGCACACAGAGAUACGUGCAGGGAGAGAUUCUCCCGGUCUGAGCUGCUCUUGGGAACGUGCACCCCAAGUUGAAGGGGCCAGGGCCUCUCUGAAGGACAGUAGGAUUUCUCAGAAGGGUCUUGUUGUCCCCAGUGCCAGGUAGGACCUGGUGACCUAAGCCAGCUGGGGGAAAGACAAGAAAGCAGUCUGAGGGAGGACUUGGUUGGGAGUGAGGGGAGAGGGUGGGACCUCCUCAGCUCUUAGGGAACACCUGGACUUCCCCCGAAAGGACAAAUGGACACUUUUCUGAAAACUGUCCCAGGGCUCAGGGACGAGGAGAGAGGAGGGCGCAGGGAUGGGGUGCAGGAGGAAUGAGAGAGAGGCCCCCACCCCUGAGAAGGGCUCUGGGGGAGCUGUGGCCAGAUGCUGUCUGUCUGGGAGGGCAAAUUGGGUCUUGCUACCUUGAAAAGAUGGCUGCCUCAGGCAAGGCUUGGGUCUGCCUGCACGGCAGGUGAAAAGAUCUUACCUUUCUGGGGCUGGUUCAUUUAUCUGAUAGAACUGGGAGUCCCCUUUGUGCCAUUUUAGGCACCAGGGAUUUAGGAAUGAACAAACAAAAUCCUUGCUGUCCUGGAGCUUGGACUCUAGUUGAAAGGGAGACUAAUAAGACGAGGAGAAAAACAACUUAGGUGAAGAUUAAGUGCCACAGAAAGAAGAGAAAGCUGAGAAUGGUGGCGGUAAACAUUUUAGGCAGGGAUGCUGAGUUGGGUCUAGGAAAAAAGCCUGAAGGCAGCAUGACUUUAGCCAGGAGUACUCAGAAAGAGUACUCGGAAAGAAGGGACUACCCGUGCAAAGGUCCUGAGGCAGCAGUGUGCCCUGGAGGGUGAGGGGCACAGCAUGGCUGCAGUGAAGAACAGGGCAGGGUAGUUGGAGACAAGUUCAGAGGUCACUGGAGCCAGAGAUUAAGAAAGGCUUUUUAGGGCACAGAAAGGAUGUGGGUUUAUAUUCUGAGCCCCCUGAGGGUUUUGAGCAGGAGAGCGAAUCAUUAGUAAAGCGAGGGGUUUGGAUGGCCUGGCCUUGGAUCCCUUUCCAGUUCACCCGCCUAUAGUGUGGGGUUUCUGGGACUGCAAGGCCUUCCUUCACAGUACGGGGGCCAGGUGGGGAAUGCAGAGCUGGCAUGCAGGGGACAGGGGCUUACAGCUGAGAUCUCCUCUUUUCUGGCCCAUCGAUAAUAUGUUUAGGCCAGGACACCUCUAGAGUUCCAUCUCACCCUGAGAUUCACUGACGUCUCAAGGGGCCCAGACUGGGGGUGGCUCUGGGCUGUCUGUGUGUACAGGUGUCCACUUGGUAGCACAUAGCCUGGCCUGCUUCAGCCAGAGGUUUGCCCUGCCUCUGGCUGAGUGGGAAAUGUGUGGAGACAGGGUCCCAGAAGAGAUCUCUGCCCAUGCUAAGGCCCUUCUAGGCCUCCCGGUUUCCAUUUUCAGAGUGUUUUCAGCCCCAAGGAGACUCCCUGGGGGCAUCAUCAUCCCCUCCCUGGGGACAGGUGGUGUUGCUAAGGAGGGACAGAGAAGCCAGUUGUCAGAGUGACCAGGCCCCUCCUAGUCUCUGCUGCUCAGUGUCGGGGUAGGGUUGGCUGCGCCAGGGUGGCCCAGGAACCUGACCUCAAAUCAGCCACACAGAGUGUGCUUGCCCUGGCCCCUCAGAGGCCUUGCUGGCCAGGCCAGCAGGGUGGGCUGCUCUGAGGCUGCGCUCUGGCUCCUGACUCCACCCUGCCCUGGGAUGGGAAGUGCUGUCUUCCGGCCAUUCCCUCUGCCGCCAACCUGCAGCCCUCAGAGGCCUCAUUAGGUAUCUUGGAUGAGUCUUCUGAGGUGCGGUAGGCAGAGCUGACGUCAAAGCCUGCAAGGAGCCCCUCGGGGCUAAGUGAGGGGUCCCCACUGAAGAAAGGGCAGGCCAUGGGAACAGCCCCCCAGCCCCUGUCCCAGCCCCACGGCUGCUCCCCAUCUCUCCGCCAACUGCCAGAAAGUCACAGGAAGCUGAAAACAACACCCCUCACCCAGGGCAGCCUCCAGGAACCUGCUGCCACUCUGUCCCACCUUGGGGGGCUCCUUGCUGCAGAGUGGGACCUUGGGGCAGGAUAUCUUGGCAAAGGCCAGGUGGGCUGGAGGAGGAAGAUGCGGGCGAGUAAAGCUCGAGGGACGCACAAAUGCCCCUCAGUGUCUCCCUCGGGUGCCACCUGCCCAGGGGCCUUGUAGAGAGUGGGGGUUCUGAUUCCUCUGGCUUGGCCACGGCCCCAUGGCUCCUGGAGACACGUUCCAGGCUCCUGGGCUGGCUGCAGCAACACACCCUUGUGGCCCGAGUGGGGGCUGCGGUCUGCUUCCCUGCGUCUCACUCUUCCCCGGGUGCCAAGCAGAGGUCAGAGAAUCUCCCUGGCUUCUCACGUGGAUCCCUCACCCCAACCCGACCCAGCAGGUGGGUACGAGGUGGCAGCCCCAAGGGGGAGGUGGACCCAUUCUACUAUGACUAUGAGACUGUCCGAAAUGGGGGCCUGAUCUUUGCCGGCCUGGCCUUCAUCGUGGGGCUCCUCAUCAUCCUCAGCAGAAGAUUCCGCUGUGGGGGCAAUAGGAAGCGCAGGCAAGCCAAUGAAGACGACCUGUGACAGCAGGGUGAGCCAUGCCCACCCACCGCACUGGGGCUGGCUGCGAAGCCAAGGAGGCCCGUCUUUCGUGUAUUCCUGUCUUCCCUGGGCUCUAGACCUUUGUCCCCAUCACUUCCAGAGCUCUGGCUGAAGCUCCAGGUUCAAAGUGACCCUGGGUGGGCAUCGCUCCCUCCUGCCCUGUGCCACCUCAUGGUCAUAAUAAAGCCGGCUUCAGAGAUGG